AUGUACAAUAAUGAAAAUUCUGCAAAUCAUUACGGUCAGCAAUUUAACUCAUGCAAAAACCUUCAAGUAGAAAAAUCCUCUCCAACAACAUUAUGUUUCCAAAUACCAUCGGAAUUGUUUUGUUGCAUCUUUGAAUUUUUAACGUGGAAUGAAGCACAUUCCUUCGCAACACGAGUGAGCAUGCAGUUAUACCGAAAAUUAAUGACAGAAGAUCCUUGUGCCAAUAUUUAUCGAAUGUUUUGCAAACGAUUGAUGGAAUGUGAGGCAAAAUUAUUAUUGGAACGACUUGAUGAAAAGAAUAAGCAACAUGCGAGAAGUUUGUCUCAAUUACGGUAUUCUGUUCGGAAAUUCUUGAAAAGUUCUUCUUGCAUAUUUCCUGACUUGUAUCAAUUAUAUAGAGAACCAAUCAUUGCAGCUGUGGAUCAACAAGCUCUGAAAAUUGAGGAAGAACGACAAGGUGGAAUAACUCCCAAAAAACCAUUCAUUCCACCAAAAAGUUUGCUCGAAACCAAAUCAAAAAUCGAAAAAAAGAAGAAAAUUGAAAAGAUGUGUGAAUGGAAGAAGGCACUCCAAGGACAAUUGAGGAGACACAAACUUCUCGAGCUUGACAUUUUGUUGCACCAACCACGACAAUUACAUUGGAUUAUUUCAACAAAUUAUAAUAACAUGAGAAUAAGUCCUGAAUUUGUGCAACAGCUUGGUUUGAAAAUUAUUGAGACGUUCUCUCGGAUAGAGUUGUUGUCAAAGCACACCCAUGUAAUUCCAGCUAAUAUUCUGUACAGUGAGCAUUUGAAAUUUGGUUCCUUCAACUAUAACAUUUUCUUUUCCUUUCUCAAACUUGUGCUGGAUUCACGCAUGACCACAAAUGAUGAGAAACUCAUUGAGCAGGACGGUAAUACCUGGAAUUCACAACAACAACAAUCACAGAACAACAUGUUCAUUUUGAGAAUGCUCGAGUUCUUUAUUGAAGCGUAUUUUAACAAGUUUGGGCAUUACAACAUUUUAAUCGAUGAGCCUUAUGAAGGUAUGAGCGCCUUAAUGUUGAUCGUUCAAUUGAAGAGUCCUCCACUUUUACAUUACGUAUUUCAGAAAUAUGGAACUUACUUACUUAAAUUUCAAGCUUGUACCACACUCGUACCAGAAUUUUCAAGUAUAGUCAGACUGGCAACCACACGUUUACUUGAACAACAAGAAUAUAACAACAACAACCACUCUUCUCUGAACGUGAAAACAUCAAUCCGAAUUAGAGCAAGAGGAAUUUUUGAAUUUAAUUUUGAAUCAUAUCAACAACGUAUUCAUCAACUUCAUCACAAUAUUACAUCAUCGUCGUACAGUUAA